UUGGCGUGUCACGUGGUAUUAUAAUUAGUAUAAAUACAUGUAGCUAGAGAGAAGGUAUACAUGUAGAUAUUGAGGGUUGCAAGGAACGAUGGCCGUGACGUUGUAUUCCGUUUUUGUGCUUUUGGCUCUUUCCCCCAGCUCCGUUGGUGCUACGGAAGGUUUGUCUUCGGGGGAGAGUUCCCAGUUCUACAACAGUCAGGAGAAAGGGGGAACCGUCUCAGUGACUGAAACCACCGACUCUUACAUCAUUCAAUCCAAUGGACUUCCGGAUCAUGAUAUGCAGCAAGUUAAUCCAAAUACGGCCUCUGCGCAGAGCUUACGGUACACAUUUAAGAAAGAGAUAGACUUUGCUUGCCAGCCCGGAAGUCUUCCCAAAGGAUCCAUUGGGAUAACCAAGACCGGUGUCGUCAUCUUCAAUCCCCUAACUAGCGCCGACCUGAACGCCGUUGAGGGCAGUGAUGCGGAGACUUUUGAUCGCUGUAACGGUCAUUCUGACAAUCGGGGGGUGUACCAUUAUCACCAGUCCCCCGGUUCAGAUAACUGUGGCGACACCUUCACCGCCGAGGUCGACCAGUUCAUUGGUGUCGCUUUGGAUGGAUUUCCUAUCUACGGCCCAUACGCCUCAGACAAAGGCUCCGAACCUCUCAGCUCAGAUGACCUUGACAUUUGUCACGGUCGUAUGGUAGAUGGGAAAUAUCGGUAUCAUUUGACCUAUGACUUCCCGUAUGUUCUCGGCUGUUACUGGGGGGCAAGCGCCAAAGACAACGCACCACAGGUGUCCUACGUUUGUGACCUUGACUUUGGAACAGACCUACAGCUAUAUGGAUACCUUUGCAGCAACGUAGUUCAACGAGGCGUGAGUGCUGAGGUCUGCCCCAGCUACCCCGGAUCUGUAACCGUGACAACCGAGGAUAAUGGAAACACGGCCGCCCCCACCCAGGCACCCACCCAGGCCCCAACUCAGGCCCCCACCCAGGCCCCCACUCAGGCCCCCACCCAGGCACCUACCACGGCAACCUCACGGAGAACCAGACGCCCAGGUGGACGUAACCGCUCCCGGGACAACUCAAAGAGAGCUAACUCCGCCCGGGAGGCAUACUUGAAAAGGUGGAUCAAACGACUACUUGAGGAGACAAAGUAAACGCGUCGAUGACUUCAGGGGCUUGCCAAUCUUAAGGAAAGAUCUUCUGUUCUGAUUUGGAAAGGAUUGUAUACAUCUAUAUGAUAGGGGUCUAAAAUUAAUGUUGUUUUUUUGAAAAAGAACAUCGUUAUUUUAUACUUUGCGUGUUUACUUUGUACAGAUCUAUCCCAGACCAAGUACAUAUGUACUUACAUGUACAAAAAAAUGUUUAAAAGCAAUAUCUUAAAUGUUUCUUGCUGAAAUAUGGAAUCAAUGUUAUACAUGAAUUAAACUUAUAUAUAUAAAACCAAUGAUUUAACUAAGGUAGCUAAACUAACCCUUGUCAUAUAUGCAGUCCUUUGCCAACUUUAUAAUUCAUGAUUUUGUCUAAAAGUUAAUAAGAAUAAACUUAUCAUCAAGCA